GAAGACGCGGCACUGAACGGUGUUGCGGUAAGUCCGCGCAGCGAGGGCCCGCAGAACCACUGGGCCCCGCAACAUCGGGCCCAGGCGUCAGCGGGCCCUUAUUUCUCGGACAUUACACCGGACGUUACGCGGCCGCCAUUUACCUCACGAAAGCCAGAGGCUCCGGCUUGAGGGUGACGCCAUUUCCGGGGCUGGGCGGGCAGGCGAAGGCCGGAAAGGGCUCCAGCCUCGCUUUGUGGCUGGGAGGAGUCAAGGAGGAUUGGGCCCAAUGGUACAUGGGGUCAUGUGGCAUCUAAGGACUUCUUCAAGGUUCUACUAUGAGCCAGGCUUUGCUGCCACUUCUGAUUUGAACCUGAACCUGUUGCUGGACUGACCCUGAGUGCUGGGAUUCUUCAGGCUGUGUGCCCCGAGGAUGUGCCUGGACCUGCCUGUCGGUGUCCCAGCAAACCUAGAGCCUCCCUACACAGACCUAGCCUUUCCAGGCUCCUCAGCCCAGACCCAUGAACUAAUGAAACAGAGCAGGCUGUGCGCUCUAGAGCCCGAGAGCCACAACUACUGAAGCCUGCGUGCCUAGAGCCCGUGCUCCGCAACAAGAGAAGCCACUGCAAUGAGAAGCCCGCGCACCCCAACAAAGAAUAGCCCCUGCUCGCAGCAACAAAGACCCAACACAGCCAAAAAUAAAAUAAAUAAAUAAAAAAAAAAAAAAGAGAGAGCAGGCUGGAGGUCACUGGGCUCAAGGCAGCCAUGGAUGCCAGGUGGUGCUGAGAGCAGUGGAGCAUGGCUGCAGCCCUGCAGGUCCUGCGUCACUUGGCCCGAGCCCCCUUGAGCCCACUCCUCUGGGGGGGCCCAUUGGCCCGGCUGGCCAGUAGCAUGGCCCUGGCAGAGCAGGCACGGCAGCUGUUUGAGAGCACUGUGGGUGCCGUGCUGCCGGGCCCCAUGCUGCAGCGGGCACUGUCUUUGGACCCUGACAGCGGGCAGCUGAAGGUGCGGGACCGGAGCUUUCAGCUGCAGCAAAACCUCUACCUGGUGGGCUUUGGCAAGGCUGUGCUGGGCAUGGCAACUGCAGCUGAGGAGCUACUGGGCCAGCAUCUUGUGCAGGGCGUGAUCAGCGUUCCCAAGGGGAUCCGUGCUGCCAUGGAGAGUGCUGGCAAGCAGGAGAUGCUGUUGAAGCCACACAGCCGUGUCCAGGUAUUCGAGGGCGCAGAGAACAACCUGCCGGACCGAGAUGCCCUGCGGGCUGCUCUGGCCAUCCGGCAGCUGGCUGAAGGCCUCACAGCUGAUGACCUGCUGCUCGUGCUCAUCUCAGGUGGGGGCUCGGCCCUGCUGCCCGCCCCCAUCCCACCUGUUACACUGGAGGAGAAGCAGACACUCACCAAGCUGCUGGCGGCCCGUGGAGCCACCAUCCAGGAGCUGAACACCAUCCGGAAGGCCCUGUCCCAGCUCAAGGGUGGGGGGCUGGCUCAGGCCGCCUACCCUGCCCAGGUGGUGAGCCUGAUUCUGUCAGACGUGGUGGGGGACCCUGUGGAGGUGAUUGCCAGCGGCCCCACUGUGGCCAGCAUCCACAGUGUGCAAGAUUGCCUGCACAUCCUCAAUCGCUAUGGCCUUCGUGCUGCCCUGCCACGUUCUGUGAAGACUGUGCUGGCUCGGGCUGACUCUGACCCCCAUGGGCCACACACCUGUGGUCACGUCCUCAAUGUGAUCAUUGGCUCCAAUGCACUGGCACUGGCCGAGGCUCAGAAGCAGGCCGAGGCGCUGGGAUACAGGGCUGUGGUGCUGAGCACAGCCAUACAGGGAGAUGUGAAAAGUGUAGCCCAGUUCUAUGCGCUGCUGGCCCGAGUGGCUGGAGCCCGCCUCACCAUGCCUGGGGCUGGAGCCUCUGUGGAGGAGGAUGAACAACUCUAUGAACUGGCGGCUGAGCUCCAGCUCCCAGACCUACAGCUGAAGGAGGCUCUGGAGGCCGUGGUGGGCACUCGGGGACCGGUCUGCUUGCUGGCUGGUGGUGAGCCCACAGUGCAGUUGCAGGGCUCAGGCAAGGGUGGCCGGAACCAGGAACUGGCCCUGCGUGUUGGAGCAGAGCUGGGACGGUGGCCGUUGGGGCCUAUUGAUGUGCUGUUUUUGAGCGGUGGCACUGAUGGGCAGGAUGGGCCCACAGAGGCAGCCGGGGCCUGGGUCAGGCCUGAGCUUAUCAGCCAGGCCGCUGCCCAGGGUCUGGACGUGGCUGCCUUCCUAGCCCACAAUGACUCACAUACCUUCUUCUGCCGCUUCCAGGGUGGGGCACACCUGCUGCACACGGGGCUGACUGGCACCAAUGUCAUGGACGCCCACCUCCUGUUCCUGCAGCCGCGGUGAUAUUGUAGGUCAUGUUUUGGGAACCUAGAGGAGGCCUGCAGGGCAGCGUCCUGGAGAAGACCAGGUUUGGUCCCCAGGGCCUUACCAGGCGUUAGGGCCUCUCCUCUCCUUGGCCCUAGCUACAUGGUUGGCCCUCACACCUCCAAACCAGGGCCUCUGCUUUGUGUCCAACUCCCCAACCAGACAGGCAGAUGGGGGUUCUCUUCCACCCCUACUUUCAGCCAUGGCAGCAGGUACCCCUGAGGACCAGGACGAGCCCCCCUAGGCCAGUUUGCUGCUCCCAGUGUUUUCCCCCAGGCAGCCCCUCUGCUCAGCUCCUGAGCCUGUUUCUUCUGUGGGGUGAAACAGGAAGGACUGAAAAUGAAAAGGACCGCACUAUGGGUUCUCAGUGCUUCUUCCCUCACAGCAAAGGUUAGCGGGGAGCUGCCGGGAAGGGGAAUGGUGUUGGGCAGCAGCCCCUGUGCCAGGGCCCUGCAGGAGUUCUCUGUACCCAUCUCUGCAGGGCACUUGCUUCACUUAAACAGGAGCUUGGGAGGGUUGAGCGUGGCUCCCAACACGCUCAAUGUGGGUGAGCAGAGACCCCAGGGAGAACAGGUCUAAGAACUUUAGUCUCUGACGUCUGGGUGGGACUGGCCACUCAUCCAACUGUCACUCUCCCCUGUGGCAUCCCUGCUGAGGUCUCUCCACCCUGUGAUGUGUGCCUCGCUGGGCACAUGCUUACUGCCUGCCACCAAGGACUUCCCUCCCUUCUGUCUUUGGACAGCCCUUAGACAGACUGUACUUUCUUUGGUUGAUAAACCCCUGUUUAUCCAGGGGUUACCCCCAGCCACACAGGACACUGGGUGUUGUUUCCUUGUGCCAGACCCAUUUUCCCAGGCUGACCCACUCCCUGCCCCCAGAUCCUUUAGCUGUUCCUCUGGGAACACAGUCCAGUUCCUGGUGCCAGCCUGCAGUGGGGGUCUCUAGUGCUGGGAUGGUGGGUCAGAGCAGUGGUGGGGUCCAGCAGCCCCUCUCCCCUUCUCCUGUUACGGCUGGCUGGGAAGAGGCCAGUGGGGAGGGGAGCAACAGAGGAAGGGCUUCCUUAGCCAGGCUAGCAGACUGCACUGGGAGAGGGUGGGGCCGCUGUCCUGGCUCUCCUUGGGCCCCCUUAUUCAGUGUUCGAGCCCUCCGCUGGCUGCCCCCGCCGUGCGCCACGGCUCCAAUCCCUAUAUGAGUGAGCAGUAGAAUCACAUAGGAAUAAAAAGCCAUAGAGAACAGCGAGGCUUGGGGCUGUUCCUGCUGGCCCCCUUCUCCACCCCAGCCGUGCCCUCCUCUCUGAGGGUGUGAGGGGCUCUGGGCCAGGGCUGGCGUGCCCUGCUCCUGGGAAGAGCCUCCCUUCUCUACUUGGGCUCUAGACGGUGCAGCUUGCAGAUGGUUCCUGGUGGGCUGGGGAUGGGGAGGGAGGUGAGCAGGUGAGCUGGGUUCUGGGGUCCAGGGAGAUUUAGGGGAGAGGGGAAUUCACACCCCUUUGUGAUGCAGGGGCUCCAUUUCCUUCUGUCCUGGUGGGAGGUUUCUUCCGGCAGGGGUGGGGGUGUCAUAGUCUUAGGGGCUACUGUCCCCACAUGGCUGUGCCUGUGCCCCGGUGCUCCUCUGGCACCCUCUGGAUAUGCCCUGUCCCUGCUUCAGUCCUUGCCCUCGGGGGCAUGAGGAUUAGCACUGGGUGUCAAGUUCCCAGCAACAGCAGGAUAAGAGGGUUGGGGCUGUGGCAGAGGGCCUGUCUGCCAUGUCCCGAGCAUGUGCAUGCAUGUGUGUGGUGGCAUGUGAGCACGCAGGUGUUGGUGUUGCCAUUGCAGGAGGGGGAACGCAUCAGUGUGUGUACACGGAGAUCCUCAGUGCGGGCUGUGCUGUGCUGCUUCCUGUGCGCAUAGCUGCUUACACACCUGCUGAGGGGUGAGUGAGAGUGGGGUCUUGCUAGAGUCUCCCCCUGGCCACCUUGGCCCCUGCCCUGGGCCUGUGUUUGUGGGGGCUGGAGGCCAGAGGCUGGAUUGGGCCUAACCCAUUAGAUUUGCCCAUUUGGUAACCCCAAGAUGAGAAAGGAUAUAUUUGGCUGCAAUCUAGAUGAAAAUAUGAGAUAAAGCCUACAUGGUGAGUGUUCUGUAGGACUUAUUAUUUGCUCCAUAAAUGUCAAUUAUGGGUCAUAAUAACUGUUCCCGUCCUGUGGCUCUUGGCUUCCGUCUGUCCCCACUUGGGUUCCUGCUGCCCUCGUUCCCACCUCAUCUCCAUCCCCAGCAGCUUCCAUUCUCUACACUUGGCAUGAACUGAGAGCAGCUGGGCAAUGGGCCUGGCCAGCCUUUAGGUGUCUGCCAAUCCAAAUCCAUUUGUUUUAUAGCUGGUGAAACAGAGAGGGAAGGUGGCUUGUCUGGGGCUGCACAGCAAGUCUGCCACAGAACCAGAAUGAGAGCCUGGUUGGGACGUGCUUGACUAUCCUCUGCCUACCCUCUGGGGCUUAGAGACCCUGGGGCCUGUCAAGGGCUCAGCCAGAGCCAGAGAUCCACUCCUGCUUCCCUGCUGCCCUGCCAAGGGCUUGGGGAUGGUGACGUGACCAUGGCUGGUCUCUUGAGGGAUCCUUAGAACAGAUUUGUCAGUCCCUCUUGGCUUAGAUUUCACAGCUCCAUUGUGUGUGUGAUUUGGCAAAAAGCCACAUGCGGUGGGUUUCCACACAAAGGUGUGUGCCUGCAUCUGUAUGCACAUCUGUGUGUGUGCUCGGAGACGUGUAGGCGUGUGUGUCCAGUUCAACCCACAGUCACUGAGUGGGCCUCAGAGCCAUGCUCUGAGUUGGGUGGGGGACACACACAGUUUGGUGUGGUUAGAAUGUUGGGGAGACGGUGAUGCAAGUUCAGCAAGGAGGCCAUAAAGGCUGGCAGAGGCCAAUUGGCAAAAGGCCUCGUGUGCCUGGCUGAAGGGGUUGCACUUCACACUGACAGUGGUGGCAGGCCCCACAAGGAGUUUUGGCAAGGAGUGAUGCCAGGAGACUGUCUUAGGACUUUGAUGCUGAGGCCAUCCUUACCAUGGGGGUGGGGGGGUGGGUGGAAGAGGUGCGGCAUGUAGGAGAGAGGUGCAUCACCAGGCCCGGGAACCCCCUCCCACCUCCUCCCUGCCCGCUCCUCUGUAGCCUCAUUCCGGCAGCCUUCAGCCAGCCCAGGCAACCCUUUGGAUGCCCACUUUGGAACCAAGGUUGGAAGCCCUGGCUCAAACACCCCUGGGAGUAACCUAGCUCCUCUGUUGCUGGGAAUGCCAUCAGGGCAUGAGGAUUUGUGGGGCAGAGAGCCUGGGCAGCGAGUGGACUUUGGUGAGCAUAGGCACCCCACUGCAUAUAGGGUCUCACCAAGGUGGCAGUUAAAAGACCUGGAAGGAGCACUG